AUGAAGGCCAGCUACGCCACGGUCAAGAGCGAGGCGGAGUACCAGAAGCGCAAGACGCUGGACUCGUGCCUGGGCAAGCCGCCGCCCGCUGCCAAGCGGGCCAGGGCCGACGAGAAUGCGCGCGAGCGCACCACGGCGCUCAUAGAGGAGCUUCUGGAGCGCGAGACGCUGCAGCUCGGCAGCCAGCCGCCGCCGGCGCAGCAGAAUGCGGGGCCCACCGACUUCAGUGGGCUCUUUCCCAAGGCGGCGGGUGGCGCUGCGCUGGGCCUGCCCCCCCAGCCUCAACGUGCCGCCCGCACGUUUGAGGACCUAGCCAGCCAGCGGCAGAGCCGCCAGGUGCUGGCCGACCUGCCGGCUUCAUACCUGCCGGAGCCAGUGGCGCGCCUGCACGCCGCCGACGCCACCAACCUCAGCGCGGCGGCGGCGGCCACCGCCUCCCGUGACAGGAGCCUGCCCGCCUCCGCCUCGGCGCCGCUGGACUGGAGCCUGAAGACGACGGUGCGCUUCGCCUCGCCCUCCGCCUUCUCCAUAGCAGAUGAGGCGGCGUUCCUGGGCGGCGCCGCGGUGGUGCAGGCCCACCGCGCCUUCACCUCUGGCGAGGGCGUGCACAGCCUGUCGAUGCAGCAGCGCUACCUGGCCGCCCUGCACAGCUGGCAGUUCCCCGCAGACCCGCGGGCGGGGCCGGCGGGCGGCGGCGCCAAGCCGCGCGGCGUGCCGCCCGAGGCGGCGGCCAGGCGCUGUGACUGGCAGACCGCCUUUGCCUCGCUGUACGGCACGCUGCGCAGCGGAGCGUGCGACGCGUUUUACUACCUGUCGCCAGAGGGCACCAAGAAGCCAUUCGCAGUCUUCUUCGGCGCGGCGGGCGUGAGCGGCAGGCCGCGCCUGCACGCGCUGCUCACGCGCUCCACCUCUGGCCUGCGGGCGCUCAUGACUGGCGGCCUCGCCCUGGGCUUUGAGGCGCCGCUGCUGCCCUCGGAGGCCGAGCGCCGCGCCGCGGAGCUCGACCAGUCCGCUGUGCCGCUGGACGGCUCGCAGUCGCUGCUCGUGUUUGAGGGCGCGGUGCGGGUGCACGGCCUCUUUGACUUCCUGCUCAACGAGUCCUUCCGCUCCCACGGCGACGAGUGCGACGUGCCGCUGCUGCUGGCGCCGGUGCAGUUUGCGCAGGCCAGCCUGCAGGCCGUGCAGCCCAAGGUGCUGGGCGUCAGCGACGCGCGCGACCCCAGCCGGGCGCUGCACCGCCUGGAGCUGCGCGGCUCGGCGCUGCCGCCCUGGGUGCUGGACCGGCUGACCUCCGUGCUGGCUAUGACGCAGGCUGGCAACUUCAGCAUGGCAUGCGACACGCAGCAGCUGACGCUGGCUCUGAACUGGUGCCCCAGCAGCAGCAGCGCCGCUGCCGGCGAUGACCCGGCAGGCUGCAGCCGGCGCGAAGGCAGGCGGCAGGCGCUGAGCAGCUUUGGGGCGGGACCGCCAGAGGCGCAGCAGCUGACAGAGUACGAGGCUCGGCAGCGGGGGUGCUGGGAUGCGGAGGAGGCGGCGCGCUGGCGGGCCGUCGUGCCCGGCCUCAACUGCAACGUGGUGCGCGAGCUGUGCUGCGAGGCCAGCAUGUUCAGCGCCAAGCUCAGCGCCAAGUCGGCUGAGCGCAUCGUGCUGUGA